CAUCCCCAUCCAGUGCUUCACACAGUGAUCUGGUCCCGGUCCUGCAGCAGAGAUGACCAUCAGAACCGCCCGUCCGGACCGGACCCAGCAUGUCAGGCCCCGGAUCCACUGCCUGAAGAAGAUGGAGGCCUUCGUAGUGGAGAUGCAGGAUCCCAAAAAUGGGAUUAAAGGCUCGGAGCAGAAACUGAACGUCACCACCAUCCCCCAUGUCAUCGCAGGGAAAGACAUCAUUUCCUGGAUCACCAACAAGAUGAAGACCACGGCCGAAGAGGCCGAGGCGUUCGGCACCAUGCUGGUGGCGUACGGAUACGUCUACCCUCUGCAGAACCACAAGAAGCUGGUCAUGUGCAACGACGCCACGCUGUACCGCUUCCAGACUCCAUACUUCUGGCCCACAGAGAAAUGGGUGGCGGAGGAUUCGGACUAUGCGAUCUACCUGGCGAAGAGGAACAUCCGAAAGAAAGGCAUGCUGGAGGCGUACGAGCAGGCUCACUACAACCACCUCCACGAGUGGCUCAACCACAAGUGGGACUUCAUCGUGAUGCAGGCCAGCGAGCAGUACAAGGCGGGGAAGGAGAGGAAGAAGCCGGACCGGGUGGUGUUUGACUGUCAGGAGCGAGCCUACUGGAUCGUCAACCGGCCUCCGCGCCGCACUCACAGCGCUCUGGACUCCGGGCCAGAUCGACUCAUUGAUCCCAUCACAGAGAAAGUGACCUUUGACCAGUACAGACGCAGAAACAUGUUUUAUCAGCAAGCCAUCAUGAGGUCAAAGGUCAAAUCGAGUGUGUCUCUGGGAGCGUUGGUCAAAUACAUCACUACGUAUAAAAACCACGACCCCUUCCUGGCUCCCUGCGCUCCCAGCAACCCCUGGCAAACGGACGACGACUCCUACUGGACGCUGAACAUGAGAAGAGUGGAUCUUCCCACCAAGAUGCGGGUGGAGCGCUGGUCCUUCAGCCUGUUCGAGCUGCUCAGUGACCUGAGGGGUCGGGACGACUUCAAGAUCUUCCUCAAGAAGGAGUUCAGCGGUGAGAACUUGGCUUUCUGGGAAGCGGCUGAAGAGCUGAAGUGGGGAACUGCGUCCUCCAUGUCCACCAAAGCUGAGACCAUCUUCAAGACCUUCCUGGCCCCCGGCGCCCCCCGCUGGAUCAACAUUGACGGCAGGACGAUGGGCUUGACGGUGAAAGGUCUGGACCAUCCUCACCGCUACGUGCUGGAGGCGGCUCAGACUCACGUCUUCCUGCUGAUGAAGAAGGACACUUUCUUUCGCUAUUUGAAGUCACCUGUGUACAAAGACAUCCAGAAGAAGGCGCUGAACCCCGAGCCUCAUAACUUCAGUCCCGCUCAGCUGGAGCAGAACGCCAAGAACCGCAACCCGGGCAUCCACCCCAUCCUGCUGUGGCAGCAGGAGGAGGAGGAGAAGGCCAAGGCCGCCGCCGCCGCCGCGCCCGUCGACGUCAAGGCCAUGAUGAACAAGAUCGACCGCAAGAAGUAGAGCCACGCCGCGCAGCGCCCGCGCGUGUGUGUGUGUGUGUGAGAGAGAGAGAGAGAGAGAGAGAGACUUCAGGUUGUUUCAGCUCAUUUCCCAGCAAGCUGACUUCAGCAGUGUGUUUGAGUCGCUGUCAUAUUGAUUGAUCCCAUCGUAUCAUCAGUAAAUAAACUUUAAAGCGUAGAGUUCCUCGCUGUUUCAGCCGACAGGAAUUCAUGAUUGAUCUCAUUUUACCCGACUGGCCACGCCGCUUUAGGACGGGCUAACUGCUCUCAUAGUGGAGAUUAUUCACUGCUGGAGUGUGUGUGUGUGAGUGUGUGUGUGUGUGUGUGUGAGUGUGUGUGUGUAAAUGUCACUGUAGCAGUCUGCGAGACACACAUUUCACCUCGAUUUUCACUGAAUCAUCUCUGGAAGACAUGAACGUACCGACGGCAGUAGAAGUAA